CCCAGGGGAAUGGAAACAGAGGAGCAAGCCUGUUGUAAUCGCUACGCCCACUUGGUGGCCUAUAAAGGAAGCGGGCAAACCCUGGCAGCCCUACACACCUUGGGGCCCCUCUCCUCUCCAGCCCUUCUCCUGUGUGCCUGCCUCCUGCUGCUGCCACCAUGACCACCACCAUCCGCCAGUUCACCUCCUCCAGUUCCAUCAAGGGCUCCUCCGGCCUGGGGGGUGGCUCAUCCCGCACCUCCUGCCGGCUGUCUGGCGGCCUGGGUGCCGGCUCCUGCAGGCUGGGAUCUGCUGGAGGCCUGGGCAGCGCCCUCGGAGGUAGCAGCUACUCCAGCUGCUACAGCUUUGGCUCUGGCGGUGGCUAUGGCAGCAGCUUUGGGGGCGUUGAUGGGCUGCUGGCCGGAGGUGAGAAGGCCACCAUGCAGAACCUCAAUGACCGCCUGGCCUCCUACCUGGACAAGGUGCGCGCCCUGGAGGAGGCCAACACUGAACUGGAGGUGAAGAUCCGUGAUUGGUACCAGAGGCAGGCCCCGGGGCCCGCCCGUGACUACAGCCAGUACCACAGGACAAUCGAGGAGCUGCAGAACAAGAUCCUCACAGCCACCGUGGACAAUGCCAACAUCCUGCUGCAGAUCGACAAUGCCCGUCUGGCUGCUGAUGACUUCCGCACCAAGUUUGAGACGGAGCAGGCCCUGCGCCUGAGCGUGGAGGCCGACAUCAAUGGCCUGCGCAGGGUGCUGGAUGAGCUGACCCUGGCCAGAGCCGACCUGGAGAUGCAGAUUGAGAACCUCAAGGAGGAGCUGGCCUACCUGAAGAAGAACCAUGAGGAGGAGAUGAACGCCCUGCGAGGCCAGGUGGGCGGUGAGAUCAAUGUGGAGAUGGACGCUGCCCCAGGCGUGGACCUGAGCCGCAUCCUGAACGAGAUGCGUGACCAGUAUGAGAAGAUGGCAGAGAAGAACCGCAAGGAUGCCGAGGAUUGGUUCUUUAGCAAGACAGAGGAACUGAACCGCGAGGUGGCCACCAACAGCGAGCUGGUGCAGAGCGGCAAGAGCGAGAUCUCGGAGCUCCGGCGCACCAUGCAGGCCUUGGAGAUCGAGCUGCAGUCCCAGCUCAGCAUGAAAGCAUCCCUGGAGGGCAGCCUGGCGGAGACAGAGAACCGCUACUGCGUGCAGCUGUCCCAGAUCCAGGGACUCAUUGGCAGCGUGGAGGAGCAGCUGGCCCAGCUUCGCUGCGAGAUGGAGCAGCAGAACCAGGAGUACAAGAUCCUGCUGGACGUGAAGACGCGGCUGGAGCAGGAGAUCGCCACUUACCGCCGCCUGCUGGAGGGCGAGGAUGCCCACCUGACUCAGUACAAGAAAGAACCGGUGACCACCCGUCAGGUGCGUACCAUUGUGGAAGAGGUCCAGGACGGCAAGGUCAUCUCCUCCCGCGAGCAGGUCCACCAGACCACCCGCUGAGGACUCAGCUCCCCCUGGCCAGCCCCCCAGGAGGCAGGGAGGCAGCCGCCCCAUCUGCUCCACAGUCUCCGGCCUCUCCAGCCUCAGCCCCCUGCUUCAGUCCCUUCCCCAUGCUUCUCUGCCUGAUGACAAUAAAGCUUGUUGACUCAGCUAU